CACAGCUAAGAACGCGAGGAUGAAUAUAAACCCGUUUUCAAAUAGAUACUCUGAUGCAUAUGAUAGGUACAAUAUGUUGAGCGCGCCUGCUUAUGAGUCUGGAAGAAGAAGUUCGAUCAAAGCUAACAGAUGAACUUAUGCAGGAUGUGCAGCUGAUUUAGGCCAGUACGGCUUGCUAGGAAUGAGUUAUGGACUCUCAGCACCUCUUGAAGGGUACUCAAGUGCUCCUAGAGCUCGUUCCCUAGCAAGAUACUCAAGAAGCAAGACUAGUAAAGCUCUUGAUGAGCUUAAUGAAGCCUCAAGCUCUGAAGGAUCUUUGACAAGAGGGGGGUCUCCCAACGAUUGCGAGUUUGCGGAAAAUACUCCUAAAUUUAUCGCAAACCUUACCCUCAGCAAUGUCUUCAGAAAAGACGUACUCAGAAUCGUCAAACCUCUAAUCAAGAAGUUGAGAGAAGAGUUCAUGGGAUCCAGCACUGAUGCAUACACUAGCUCUCCUCAGUCAUAUAAGUUCAUCAAGGAGAAUUAUGGUCACAGCCUUCCUAUUAGAUCUUUACCUAAAAGCGAGACAAAUAAAAUUGAAAAGAAGUUAGCAUCACUAGAGACCCAGUUUGAAGAAAUUCGUGUUAAGGAUAGUAAGCAAGAAAACUCUUUGAGCAAACUUUUCAAAAUUAAGUCCCAACAAGAUGACACUAAGAAGAUAGUUAAGGAGUGUAUUGAGAAGUACCACAGAGACAACCCAAGCGACUUUAAGAAGCAUGACGUUGCUAAAAAGUUAGCACAAAUUGAUACUCAUCUUAAAGAGCUUGAUGGUAAAGUUAAAGACAUUCCAAAGAUGAAAAAGGAUCUUGACCAGAGUGACGAGAUUGAAGACAUCACUACUCUUCUCACUCAGUCCAAGUCUGAAAUGCAGAAGCUCAAGCAAGAGACUGACAAAGCCAAGGCUUCAGUCAAGACCCUGACAGCUUCUUUAGACAAAACGACCAAAAACAUUACCAAAAACCAGACUUCCAUCGACAGCUUGACCAAGAAGAUUAAAUCUUACGACUUCUCCCAAGAACAAGUCACCUUGAAGACGGUCAACUCUCUGGUCACGAAGUCUGAGCAGAAGACAACUAAGGACUUUGCCAAGAAGCUCAAGGAGGUAGCUGACAUCGCCGACGACUUCACGAAGGAAGACCUUGACCGUGUCAACAAGGAAAUUGAUGCCCUUGAAGCUGUUGUUGACACUUUGAAGCUGAAGCAGGGCGAAGUGUCAAAGGAGAAGAUCAAGAGGAUGAUAGCUGACCAAAUCAAAGCUAUACCAACUGUUUCACCGCAAGUUCAAAGCGCCAUCUUUACCAUUCAGAAGGAUAUCGAUGCUGUGGAAGAUAUUUUAACCAAGCAUGCAAAAACUUUGAAAACUUUCUCAUCUAAAGAAGCCAUCUUGAAAAAAGUUGAUGAAAAGAUAUUGAGAUUAAAAGAAGAACAAGCUCUCAUUGACGCAGCUCAAGAUAUGAGCUUUAAAAAUAACGGCAAGAAGGUUGACAGUGGAGUACUAGAUAUCUUCUCAGGAAGAAUCACUAAGCUUCAGCAACAAGUUGAGGGGCAAGACAAGGAACUCCAGUCUGAACUUGCUACACUUAGCCAGCAAUUUAAUGUUUUCACUAAAAGUGUUAAGCAAGACCAUAGUGGAAUGAUCGAGUAUAUUCAGAAGAUCGAGUCUAGAGUCGGUUUCGUAUCCACUGAUUUGGGCUCUAAGCUGAAGGAACUCGACAAGACCCUCAAGACUUCAAACCUCAAAGCAAAGGAUACUGAUAAAACUCAUAGUGACAAGAUCAAGAAGCUUGAAGAUAUGGUUACUCAUGCUCAGAAGAAAGUGAAUUUAAUUGAAGGUCAACUUAAGAAAGAUAAGAAUGAUCAGAAAAUUGGUACACUAGAGCAGAAGUUUGCAGAAGUACAGUCCCAAAUCAGACAAGAAAGGAAACAAGCCACUGAAGAAGUCCGCACUUUCAAGAGAAAACUUGACGACUUCCAGACUGCUCUGAAUGCUCCCAGGAAGUCUUCCAUCGAUGAAGAUGCCAUCGAGGAUUUGCAAAGAGAUGUUGGGCAAAUGUUCGCAAAGAUGGAAGCUAAAUUGAAACAACUCAGCGACAAAGUGUACAGGAGGAUCAACGAGAUUGACGACGAUGUCCAUAGAUCUGAUGACAUGAUCAGAGCUAGCAUCCAGAGUCUCAAAGACCAGAAUGGGGUCGAGAUCAGUGCUCUCUUCGAAAGAGUUGUGCAUAUCAAAAAUGAAAUUAUUGAAGAUUCCAAGAAACUUAAAGAUAAGUUCACAAGAAUUGAAAGAGAAGAAAAUGCUAAACAAGAGUUCGUCAUAAAAGAAAUCAAGAAGCUCAGCUCUAGGAUGGAUGGAAGAGGCUCUUCUACUGAUGUUAAGAGCACUAAAGUCAGCAAGAAAGAAGCCAAGGAAUCUGCUGCAACUCUCAAUUUGCUAGAGUUUGAUUCCAUGAUUGCCCAACUUAAAGCCGAACUCAUGAGCGACCUCAAUGGAUUCAAAGCUAAAAUCAACAAAGACGAAGACUUCCAGAGAGACCGCAUCAAAGGCUGUUACGAAGAAAUCUCCAGCACCAAAGUCUUGAUCGACUCGAAGAUCAAAGACUACAGUAAGAAGGUGGCCUCCCAGUUCACUGAAGUCAACGACAAGGUAGAGAAGGUCAAGGUGGCAGUGGCCAAGAACUCCAAUUCAAUCAAGGCCACUGGAGACACAGCCAAGAAGAACACUGCUAAGAUUAAGGCGGCCACGGACCAGGCCACAGAGGCUCUGAAGAAGAUAGCUAAGGUCGAGAGAGUGGCGACUGAGAAUGACGAAGAGAUCAAUGAACUCUCUGAAAGAGUUGACAAAUGUUUCGACUUGAUCCAGUCUGGAUCCCAAGAAACUGCAUUUAAUAGUAAUAUAUCAAAUGGAAAUCAAAAGUUUUCCAACCUUGGAGAUAUUUUCAAAUACUCUAUGGGUAACAUGGGAAAGAAAACAGAAGAAAAAGAAGCCUCUUUAGAUAAUUAUAAGAAUGUUUGUGUCGAUGGAAUCAGAGAUUUCGAGCAAUACCAAAAGGCCUUGAAAACCUCGGGCAAAAAGACUCCUCAAAGAUCCAUCCAGAAAUGGAUCAGAGACGCUGAGAACGCAAGAGACGUAGAAACCCUACAAGACUUGAGAAACGAAAUCUACCGCGAGACUGGGUUCGACAUUGAAGACCAUGAAGGAGUCACUGGUGAUUUCAUUGAUGACUUAGGAUUCUAAAAAGGAUCCUAACAAAGCCAUCUUAGGCUUAACAUUUUUUACCAAUGGUUAUUCA